AUGACGGGGUUGGCUGAACACAAGGCCCAUUUUAGAGUAGUUGGCUCUGGCCGGCUAACGAAUUCCUGGAGCGUAUUGUGCUUAACGAGGAUGUCGCAGUUCACACCCACUCGUCUUCUUCUUCUCUUCUUCCUAGGUUUCUAUGUCGCACUCUCUAUUCCGGAGGACCCCAUCAACUGCUUUACACGCAACACAAACUGCACCGUCACUAACUCCUACGCCAUCUUCCCGGAUCGAAGCAUCUGUGAAGCGCAACAGGUCUUUUACCCCGCGCAAGAAGAAGAUCUCCUGAAACUGGUUGCAUCAGCCACUCAAAACGGAAAGAAGGUGAAAGUUGCCACCCGCUUCUCCCACAGCAUCCCCAAGUGGGUGUGCCCCGAGGGCCAUAAUGGGUGGCUAAUAAGCACCAAAUAUCUGAACCGGGUAAUGGAAAUUGACGCGGAGAAAAGGACAAUGAGAGUGCAGAGUGGCGUCACGUUGAAGCAGGUCGUCGAUGAGGCUGCCAAGGCGGGGUUGGCCUUGCCGUACACGCCGUACUGGUGGGGUUUGACGAUUGGUGGCAUUUUGGGGACAGGGGCCCAUGGAAGUAGCUUGUGGGGGCAAGGAAGUUCGGUUCAUGAACAGGUCGUGGAGCUUAGAAUUGUUACGCCUGCACCUCCUGCAGAUGGCUAUGCCAAGGUUCGCACCCUAAGUGAAGAAGAUGAACAUCUCAAUGCAGCAAAAGUCUCACUUGGCUUGCUUGGGGUCAUUUCGCAGAUUACAUUGAAACUAGAACCUCUUUUCAAGCGAUCCAUUACCUAUCUGACCAAAAACGAUUCAGAUUUGGGGGAUGAAGCCAUAACAUUUGGACAGCAACAUGAGUUUGCUGAUAUAAUUUGGUACCCACAUCAACGCAAGGCUGUAUACCGUGUUGAUGAUCGUGUCCCCAUCAAUACAUCAGGCAAUGGUGUUUACGAUUUCAUCCCUUUCCGUCCCACUCCUUCACUCCAAUUAGCACUCCUCAGAAUCACUGAGGAUGUUCAGGAGUUUAAUGGUGAUGCUGACGGCAAAUGCUUACUCGCGAUGACAGCAACGAAUACCCUUAUGGCCAAUGCUUAUGGACUAACUAACAAUGGAAUAAUCUUCACUGGAUUCCCUGUAGUUGGAUUCCAUAACCACCUUCAGGCUUCUGGGUCAUGCCUAGACAGUGAUAUGAAAGGAAAGAAAACAUCGUGUCCUUGGGACUCAAGGGUUAAAGGAGAGUUCUUUCACCAAACCACAUUUAGCAUUGGUUUGUCGGUGGUAAAGAAAUUUAUUGAAGAUGUGCAAAAACUAGUCGAAUUGGAACCAAAGGGAUUUUGUGGCAUAGAGAUGUACAAUGGAGUUCUAAUGCGUUAUGUGAAAGCUUCAAGUGCCUACCUGGGGAAACAGGAGGAUGCAGUAGACUUUGAUCUCACAUACUACCGUAGCAAAGAGCCCAUGAAUCCUAGGCUGCACGAAGACAUUAUUGAAGAGAUUGAGCAGAUAGGGAUUUUCAAAUAUGGAGGUUUACCCCAUUGGGGUAAGAACAGGAAUGUAGCAUUUGAAGGAGUAAUUAAGAAGUACAAAAAUGCAGACAAAUUUUUGAAGGUUAAAGAUGAGUAUGAUUCACAAAGGCUAUUCUCCAGUGAGUGGACAGACCAAGUGCUUGGUCUAAAAGAAGGGUUAACUGUCUCAAUGGAUGGGUGUGCAUUAGAAGGUCUGUGUAUAUGCUCGCAUGACAGCCAUUGUGCACCAAGCAAAGGCUAUUUUUGCAGACCAGGCAAAGUCUACAAGGAAGCAAAGAUUUGUACUCGUUCAGGGUCUUAA